UCAGAAGUCGAGUAAAAAGAUGUUUCUACAUCUUUUUGAUACUCGAGAAUAAAAUAUGAUUUGUGUGUGUGGUAGAUCAGGCUGUGGGUGUCAUCCGAUGGCGCACUAACUCGUUAUCUGGAUCUAGAUCUCGAUCUUGAUAUACGGGUAUUUUUUCUUCUUUUUCAGUAAUUUGAUUUGAUUGUAUGGCAAUAACGAAAAUGUAAACAUGGAAGCCAAACUAUCAUGGCGGCCUCCGUGAAUGUACGUGGGACGAUUGUUCAAUAUGUGGUAGUACGAGGCGAUUUAUUGAAAUCAUGUAAAUGGCCAGUUGGAGCUAUAAUCGCACAAGCAUGCCAUGCUACGACAGCUGUACUUCACAUGUUUUAUGACGAUGAAUAUACUCAAGCUUACCUUAAAGAUUUAGAUCGUAUGCAUAAAAUUGUUUUAGAAGCUUCAGAUGAAACAAGUUUAUGGAAGCUAUCAAAUGAAUUGGAGAACAGUGAUAUUCAUCAUAAAGUAUGGAUUGAACAACCUGAGAACUUUCCGACUUGCAUUGCUUGUAAGCCAUACCCAAAAGAUGAAGUACAAAAAUAUUUUAAACAGUUUAAAUUAUUUAAAUAAAGUAUUUUGUGUUAAAGAGUA